ACGAUACCUAUCGACAGCUUAGCAUGUUAAGUAACAUUUCGCUUGGGACAGCAUUCUUCCUCUUGAGAUAGCAAAAAAAAAAGUAAAUAAAUCAGGGCGAUAAAAGAAAACCUAAUAAAACAUUGAAACCGCACAGAAUGUUACAGAUUGAAUAAUGGAAAACAUUGUGCACAAGUUCGCAACGAUUAGUUUUCAGCCAAAAGAGGUAGUUUUGACGGAGAAUCGCGCUGCAUCAACAUUUUCUGCGGCAGGCAAGUUCACCUGGAAUUUGAAGCCAAUGACUGCAAAUGCAAGUGCAACAACGUCCACAUCCAUGUCUAACGAGAUGCUGGAUUCAGACAGCGCCGACUCCAUUCAAUCGGAUGGCAUUGAAUCACAGCAAAGCCGAGGCGAGGACAACGAUGAAAGCGACAGCCACAGCAGCAGCAACAGUAGCAGUAACUAUCGAAUUGGUCGUCGCGGUGGCGUCUCGCGACGUCGCAUGCCUGCCCGCGUCUCCAAGGAUAACUUCAAUCGCAUGAGCAGCGCCAUCGCCCGCACCGAGGUAAAAAAGAGACGCAAAGAGCUGAAGACCAACGAACAAAUGCUGAAGAGCAUCGAAAAAUUGUACACCAGCAAGCGGAUGAAGAAAUUUACGCCCGCCAAUCUGGAAACCAUAUUCGAGGAGCCAAGCGAUGAGAAUGCCGCCGAUGCCGAGGACGAUAGCGAGGAGUGUGCCAUCAGCAGCCAGGUGCGCGUCGUCAAAUUCGGAUCACGGAAAUUGCGACGAGCCAUUUCCUUCAAUGAUGGCCUCAACAAGAACAAGAAUCUGAUCAAAAAGCGCCGCUUGAAGGUAAAGAAAACUUUUGGCAAGCGAUUUGCAGUCAAAAAGAUCUCAAUGAUGGAGUUUCAUGAUCGCCUCAACAAGAGUCUCGACAGCGCCAUGUGCGAGGGCGACGAAGAUGCCACCGAUGCAGAUGUCGCUGAAUCCUCGCUAGUUACUCCCAAACCAAUUGGCAUCGCAUUCACGGACGACAUGCAGAUGCUGCAGAUGCUGCCGCAACAAUCAGCUGCAUUUGAGUAGUGUUGGGGGCGAGACUGAAAUUCUGGACAACAAAAGGUGUAGCUGGAACUGGAUGAAUAUCCUAAGUAUGAAUGAGGAGUAGCACUUUUUGUUGUUGUACUGAUAACUGAUACCAAUUAUGCAGUCUUAUAUAAGAUUUAUUUGUAUUUAGAUAUUUAUAUAUAUGUAUAUGUAGAGUGCAGGAAGUGGCGUCGAGCGUGAAAAUAAUUUAAUCAUUUUGGUGCGCACACAAAAAGAAACUAAAUAUUAUAUUUAUGUUUAGAUGAGUGUAUGUAGUUAAAUGAAAACUAAAACUAAGUAAGAAUUCAAUUCUGGGCAGGUAAUAAGGAACUGCAGAUGCUAAUAUCACUGCCGCUAACUAAAACCAUAAAGACCAUUAAAAUAAAUAGAAGAAAACGCACAUACAGCCAUUAAGUUUA